AUGAUCAUUCUCAACCUCUUCCAAAGCACUGUCCCUUCGAGGGACCUCACUGCUAGUUUCGUUACUGUAAGCCCUAUUGUGACACCCGGCACUCCGACUGACAACUCAGAGAGGGACAACCCAGAGAGGGUGCCCCAGACUCCUCCAUCGCUUCCAGCACCGCCGACACCUAUUAGUGCUUGGAAGUUGUCGUCUGACAAUAACGAUCCUCCGCAAGGCACUUUUAGGGCAGAUAACAAGGCAUUCCCAGACCUGGGCAAGCAGGUGAAGAAAGUCAAAACUGUGGCCAUUCCGGAAACCAACAAUCCCACAAGGUCUUGUGAUUCAUCCAAGGCUCGACGCGAUUGCCCAGUUCUGGGAAACUUUUUACCGGAAACACUGCUGCCAGAAGAGGCAGAGGGCAAAGAUCAAUCUCGGGCCAGCAGGCUGAGUUCCUUCCGUUCGACUAUUGACAAUUGUCAUGGCACCAAACAGUCUUCAUGUUCUCCUUCAAGGAUAACGAUCUUGCAGAGAGCGCCAUCUCAGGAGUGCAGAAGUCAGCAAAAAAUGUCAAUGCAGCCAGAGAUUACCAAUCAGAAACCAGCUUUGACAGCCUCGGUAGCUGCUGUUACAGUCCCAGCGCUAAAAAGCGGACCAAUUCAGCAGAAGGAGCAGCAUAUGAAAACCAAAAAUAGUCCUGCAAGUUUCUCAGAGAAGUUGAAAAGUCCUGGCUGCUCUUCUGAGCCAAAAAUGCAGAUGCAGUCGGAGAGUAGUCGUCGUGAGCCAGCUUCGACAGCUGUGCCUGCUGCUUCUGCAGUGCCACCGAUGGAAUGGCGACCAGCCCAGCAGAAGAAGAAGGAUAAACAACCACAAAAAAGUCCUGUAAGUUUCUCUGAGCCAAAGUCGAAAAGUCCUGGCUGUUCUUCCAAGGGAAAAAUGCAGACGCAGUCAGAAAGUAUUCCUCAUGACCCAGCUUCAACAGCUGUGCUAGCUGCUCCUGCACUGCCACCGAUGGAAUGGCGACCAGCUCAGCAGAAGAAGCAGGAUAAACAACCACAAAAAGGUCCUGUAAGUUCCUCUGAGCCAAAGUCCAAAAGUCCUGGCUGUUCUUCCAAGGGAAAAAUGCAGCUGCAGUCAGAGAGAAGUCCUCGUGAACCAGCUUCGACAGCUGUGCUAUCUGCUCCUGCAGUGCCAUCGAUGGAGUGGCGACCAUCCCAGCAGAAUGAGCAGGAUAACCAACAUAAAAGUCCUGUAAUUUCUUCAGAGCCAAAGUCGAAAAGUACUGACUGUUCUUCUAAGGGAAAAAUGCAGGUGCAGCCAGAGAGUAGUCCUCGUGACCCAGCUUCGACAGCUGUGCUAGCUGCUCCUGCAGUGCUAGCUGCUCCUGCAGUGUCAUCUAUACAAUGGCGACCAUCCCAGCAGAAGGAGCAGCAUAACCAAAAAGAUAAAAGUCCUGUAAAUUCAGAGAAGAAAUCGAAAAGUCCUGACUGUUCUUCUAAGGAAAAAAUGCAGGUGCAGCCAGAGAGUAGUCCUCGUGACCCAGCUUCGACAGCUGUGCUAGCUGCUCCUGCAGUGCUAGCUGCUCCUGCAGUGUCAUCGGUACAAUGGCGACCAUCCCAGCAGAAGGAGCAGCAUAACCAAAAAGAUAAAAGUCCUGUAAAUUCAGAGAAGAAAUCGAAAAGUCCUGACUGUUCUUCUAAGGGAAAAAUGCAGGUGCAGCCAGAGAGUAGUCCUCGUGAACCAGCUUCGACAGCUGUGCUAGCUGCUCCUGCAGUGCUAGCUGCUCCUGCAGUGUUAGCUGCUCCUGCAGUGUCAUCGAUACAAUGGCGACCAUCCCAGCAGAAGGAGCAGCAUAAACAAAAAGAAAACAGUCCUGUAAAUUCUUCAGAGAAAAAAUCGAAAAGUCCUCGCUGUUCUUCUAAGCAGAAAAAGCAGAUGCAGUCAGUGAAUAGUCCUCGUGAACCAGCUUCAACAGCUGUGCUAGCUGCUCCUGCAGUGCCAUCGAUGGAAUGCCCACCAGACCAGCAGAAGAAGCAGGAUAAACAACCUCAAAAAAGUCCUGCAAGUUCCUCAGGGCCAAAGCCGAAAAGCCCUGGCUGUUCUUCUAAGGGAAAAAUGCAGAUGCAGUCAGUGAGUAGUCCUCGUGAACCAGCUUCGACAGCUUUACUGGGUGGUCCUGCAGUGCAAUCGAUGGAAUGGGGACCAUCCCAGCAGAAGAAGCAGUAUAAACAAACACAAAAAAGUCCCAAAAGUUCCCCAGUGAGGAUGCAGUCAGAGUUAAGUGCUUGUAAACCAGCUCCUACAGCUGCGGUAGCUGCUCCUGCAGUGCUAUCGAUGGAAUGGCGACAAUCCCAGCAAAAAGAUGAGUACAGGCAGACACCGAAAUGUCCUGUAACUUCAUCAGAGACCAAAUCGAAAAGUCCUGGAUGUUCCCUGAGCAAAAUGUGCAGAUGCAAUGGCGAAAAAGUCCUGUGA